CCAAGAGGCCCCGCCCGAAGCCCGGCCUCUGUGACCGGAAGUGAGGCGUUUUGCCCCGCCCCCGUGGCCGAUACCUCGCGAGACUUGGCGAAGGCCUUCCUUUUUCGUCUGGGCUGCCAACAUGCCAUCCAGACUGAGGAAGACCCGGAAACUUAGGGGCCACGUGAGCCACGGCCACGGCCGCAUAGGCAAGCACCGGAAGCACCCCGGCGGCCGCGGUAAUGCUGGUGGUCUGCAUCACCACCGGAUCAACUUCGACAAAUACCACCCAGGCUACUUUGGGAAAGUUGGUAUGAAGCAUUACCACUUAAAGAGGAACCAGAGCUUCUGCCCAACUGUCAACCUUGACAAAUUGUGGACUUUGGUCAGUGAACAGACACGGGUGAAUGCUGCUAAAAACAAGACUGGGGCUGCUCCCAUCAUUGAUGUGGUGCGAUCGGGCUACUACAAAGUUCUUGGAAAGGGAAAGCUCCCAAAGCAGCCUGUCAUCGUGAAGGCCAAAUUCUUCAGCAGAAGAGCUGAGGAGAAGAUUAAGAGUGUUGGGGGAGCCUGUGUCCUGGUGGCUUGAAGCCACAUGGAGGGAGUUUCAUUAAAUGCUAACUACUUUUUC